CUUAUCCUCGCGUUAAUAUAAGUACAUAAAAUGAAAUUUGUAGUUAUUAUUGGAUUUUGUUUUGUAUUAAAAUUUGGUUACGGUACCGAAUGGCAAGAAUUCGAUACGGCCGAACUAAAAGAACGAGAAACAUUUUUUGAAACAUACCUCGCUAAUGAGCAUGAAGGGAAAAAUUCUUACACAGAUAAACCCGAAUUUAGAACACGCAACCUCAGUGUUCCACCGGAAAUCUUGGAACGUUUUCGAAAAGUCCACACUGUGUAUGGCUACUGGUUACCAAAUACUACUUGUUACGGUGUUACGUUACCCAGUAACGAAACAGUCGUUUUAGAGUGCACAAACGACAGACCAAUGCAUCUUCAACACGGCUGUUUUGUAGUGAAUAAUCCGCAAAUGGACUCGAACCAAGAGCGAAUUGUUUGUAUGGAAUUUUGGCGAAAAUCGUGCGCAGGGAUCGUAACUCCCUUGAACUGGUUUGUAGAAUUUUCUUGCUACUCUAAAAAUUACGAUACUCACAAAACCGCAGCCUAUGAUUUCGAACAAGUUAAGCCAGAAAUGGGAAAUUGCUACGCGAUAUAUGACCAACAUGAAAAGAUAACACCUUUUAUUUGUCAAAGACCCGCAAGCCUUGAAAAACAUUCCUGUCUACAUUCAAUAGCAGAAAAAAACUCUUGUGGAUUAAAGACACCUACGAAUGAAACUAUUUUACUUUGUAAAAAUUCAAGCACAGCAUUUUCAUUUUAUCGCAUCUCGUUCGACCCAAAUAUUUGCUUGAAUAUCUUGCGUCCCGAUGAAAGCUACAAAGAAGUAUGUCUACAGAAGUUUGAUAACUACAGUAUAGGCAUAACAACACCAGAUAAUUUCACCGUAUUAUUCGAUUCACAUUUCUGUUCAACCUUCAUGACCAAUGAAGAAAGGGAGAAAUAUAAGACCUUUACACACUCGUUUAGAUUUGAUCCAGAAAUAAAGAAGUGUUAUAAGGUAUUUAACCAGCAUCAGAAAAUAAGUCCUUACACUUGUUUAAAUGAGGACGUAUUUAAUUCCUGUGUAGGGAAACUUCCUUAUGCUAAAAACUGUGAAGGAAUAAUCACUCAGAACAAUGAAACCGUACUCCUACAUUGCGUUGAUGAGAGAGAAACUUCACUACAAAAUAACAGUUGCUUUAAAAUAUAUACUGCCAAUAACAGUUUACAUGUCGCUUGUCUAAAACGAGUAGAAGAACGAUGCGUUGGAAUCACAACUCCCAGUAACUUGACGGUGCUACUAGAUUGUUAUUUCUGCAAUAAGCCAGGUGCCCUGCAUCAUAGUGUGACAUACCUACGAAGGUCCUGGGAAUUUAUUACAAAGUACUUCUCCAACGAACUUUUGGGUAGAAACUCUUACUUGGGCAAACUUCACUUCAAAGCAUUUCAAGAGAGCAAUGAAAAUAUUUUCCCGAAUUAUACAAAAGUUUAUGGUUUCUGGUUACCAAACAGCAACUGUUAUGGUGUCACAUUAGACAGUAAUGAAACAGUUAUUCUGGGAUGUACCUCCAAGGAUAGAAUCAGUCAUGUAAGAUCCGGAUGCUUCCCGGUAAUUAAUCCGAAAGUGGAACAAGAGCAAGUUGUUUGCUCUAAGAUUCUGGAUGCAGAAUGUAUUGGAAUUACAUCUCCUCUGAACUGGACUGUAGCGCUAGCUUGCUAUUCCGAAUAUGAAUACAGACAUUUCGAGGAGGCGUUGGAAAUAUCAUAUGAAAAUAGGCCCGCUGAUGAAUUUACCGUAAAUUUUAUACUGGACGACUGUUAUGAAAUUUAUUAUUCCCAAGAAAUAGACGCCUACAGUUGUAGAAAAAGGGCGAACCCCAAAAAUUAUGCUUGCGUUCAUUGGCUGCCUGGAGAGCGACGUUGUCUAGGACUAAAAACUCCCAUCAACGAAACAAUAGAACUUACUUGUGAGGAUACCGACGAAAAGACAUAUUUUUUCGGAAAAACUUAUUCUUCAACGAAAAACUGUUUUCAUCUUUACAAUUCCACUAAUCAGACAAGAGUUUGCCUGCGGAAAUUUGGAAACUUCAGCGUGGGCGUAACUACUUCCAGUAAUUAUUCCAUUUUAUUCAACUCCCACUUUUGUCGUGCGUCUAAGAGUUCAGCUUUGAUCAAGAAAUACAAAGAAUUUAUAGAUAACUUUACUUUCGACUCCCGUAUUCGAAGUUGUUAUAAAAUUUAUACCCCCAAUCAAGACGUCAGUCCAUAUACAUGCUUGAGCAAGGAAAUAUUCGAGACUUGCAUUCAUUUGUUGGAAGAUUCAAGCUGCAUGGGAAUAACCACACAAAAUAAUGAAACUAUCGUUUUGGAAUAUUUGAAUGGCACGAAAGCAGUAAAUGAAACUGGAUGCUUUAAAAUAUAUACCCCUGACAACAAAGUACAUAUUGCUUGUCAAAGGCAAGUAGAAGAACAAUGUAUAGGAAUAACUACUCCCAGUAAUUUAACAGUGCUGCUGGAAUGCCAUAUGUGCAUGUCAACUAAAGGUGGAUCAUCACUUAGCACCUAUUUUGACGAAUACAGGAAAGGUUAUCGUCCAACGAUUGAAUAUUUCCUCCGCUCGUUUUUUCAAAAUAAUUACGCUUUAGAUGAUACGGACACCUUAAAGGUGUAUACACCAGAACAAGACAUACGAGUAAUAGAUUGCUUUAGUGUAAUAAGUGACUAUGAUAUUCACGAGCUGAAUGGUCACGACAAAUGCCGAGGGAUAACACUGAAGACUUUAGAAACCAUAGUUUUCGGAUGUCGGGAUAAGAAACCUGGAAAAGCUGGCUGCUUUGACAUUUUCAGUCCAAUUUUCAGCGAAGAUAAUAAAAUAAUCGGACCCGAAGUAAAGGUUGAAAGUGCUUGCGUCAAAAUAUUAAAUGAAUGGUGUGUGGGAAUAACAACGCCAAAAAAUUGGACAAUACCUCUAAGUUGUUAUACUUAUGUGAACAUCCCAUGUGGUAUAUUUCACAUACCCCACAAUGGUCCACCGAAUGUUGAAAUAUUGUGAAAAGUUUUUUGUAAUGUGAUC